UACAACAGUAUGAGAACAAGUUAUUACAACGCCAGCAUAGAGUUGCAGCUGUAUAAAACAGGGUAUCGAACAGAAUAGAAGCAUGUCUAACACAAAACCAGUCGUCUUACUAUUCCAAGAUGACUACGAACGAGUUAAAGACUGGGUUUUAUCGUACCCUGAUAGUGAAACCGGUGGACAAAUGUUCGGUCUAUGGACACAAGACAGAAAUCCGUAUAUAAACAUUAUCACAGGGCCUGGCAAAAACUGCCGACACGGUACGCACUCCUUUCAUCAGGACAUCGACUACUUAAAAAGUGUCGGUACUUUCUUGAAUACGGAGUUUAUGAUGUGCCAUAUUGGUGAAUGGCAUUCGCAUCAUAGAUUGAGAUUGCGACAGCCGAGUAGUGGAGAUUUGAACAGCAUUUGGAAACAUUUUCCCGCUGGAGUCGAAUACUUCCUGCUUAUAAUUGCGACUAUUGAGAACGAUCGUGUUCGACUCAACCCCUGGCUGUUUACAGCAUCGAGUCAUACAUACGAUGCGAUAGGUAAUGUAAUCACUAGUCGAUUAUAUGUAACUGUACUAUGCUAAGUAUGAUUUUAUUUACUGAAUGUGUAUUGACCUUAUUCAUACUGAAGACAUGCAGUUGAUCUGUCUGGUCAAAGAUAAAUGCUACCCUUCCCAUAUUAGGUAUUUCAGCUAACAAGUUAUCCCAUCAUAUUUUAGCUUAUCCUAAUCUUUAUGUCUUCUUUUAUCGGCUUUGCAGAAGUGAAAAUUAUGAAUAAAGGCAACGUUUUUAUGCGUGACGAAGUCGUUGCCAACAAAAUUUCCUGUGGAGCAGAAACACCCUCACAGCCACCGAAUCCACCAAUAUAUUACUACCCAUCAACGCAAACGAAAACAAGCGAAGCCCCAGUUGGAGAGUAUGUCAAACCCGAAAAUGAUGGUCAAUGGUUUCACAGUGAUUGGGGAGUACAUUUUGUCCAACUUCUGAACAGCAAGCUGGAAAAGAUGAUAGAUGCAUCAACUACCAUUGAGAAAACGCUUAAAAAGCAAUGUCUUCAAAUUUCCUUUCAAAGAAAGAAAUGUAGUGUGUUGCUCAUAUUUCCCCAGAAUUUUCCAAACUCAGCCUUGGUUUUCAAUUGUAAAGUGCUGGGAGACAGUUCUCCCGUAGCAUGGGACGCACACAUAGAACCUGGUCAAGAUGAUGUAGACUUUGUUAAUCACAUAGUUGAUCACUUGAAGGAGCAGAUUCAUGCAAUCAUGUCAAAUAAAUUAGCUGUAAGAAAGUAUCACGCCCGCAAUUAUGAAGUAAAUGUGUAAUCGCGCUGUGUGAUGUAAUACAUGUUGUCCGUCCUAAAAAGGUUAGAAGUCAUGAUUAUUUGUAGCCCGAACGGUGCAGUGUUCCGUUCUUGUAACACACAACUGAUGGGUCUGAUGCCUGAUGUAUAGCUAGUAAAAACCACUUUUGAUGCAGAUAGACCUACUGACCUUGGAAUAUUACGUGCAAGAAAUGUCGUUCUCUCGGGAAAUAAUUUGUUUUACAUAAAUGUUGUUUUUCCAAACACUAUUACCUAUGCAGAAGCACUUGUCACGUAGUUCAUUUUUUGGCACUGUAUUUCGAUAAAUUGCACUCCUCUUAGCUAAUCAGAAUCGAGAAACGUUUCAUGUAUAUCAGCAUAGGAAAUUGCACGGUUCGAGAAUUAAUGAUUCACGUUGCGUAUUCGAUGUACCAAUACAAUAAGAUGUAUAAAGUUGAUAUUAUAUUGUAACACUUUUGUUUUGUUGUAUGGUAAUGUAAUACAUAAUAUGCACAUUUUUCGUGGGACUUAAACUGUGUUACCUUUACCAUCACUCACCAGCC